CCAUCUCUUCAGAGUCUGCCUAGACUUUCUGCGCACGGUUAAAAAACUGAAAUGCAGAAACGAACAGAAAUAAAAACAUUAACGUCUGCCCAAGCGUGGCAUGACCAGUGGCAUUAUUAGUCACCAUCAUUUUAAACCGUGUGUAGGCGGUUUAUUAGAUCAUAUACUAUAUAAAAGCCAUUUAAAGAAGAACUAUCGCUGGACAAGUAUUCCACGCCUGUAGCUGUUGAAGAUGUACCAACUACUGAUCUUGGCCACGGUUGCACUCUGUGCUUCAGGCGGUAAAGUGCACAUCAACGAUGAAGCAUGCGGAAUUGGCAGACCCGCCGUUAUUGAGAAGAAUUCGGGUAUGAUUACAUUUCCAAAAUACAAGAGCAAUCAAGACUGUGCGUGGAGGAUAGUCGUUCCAGCAGGAAAGGUGGUACUGUUGACAUUCGACAAGCUGUCUGUUGAGGUACCUCGUGGCCAGAGUACCUGUGGUUAUGACAGUCUGAACAUCUAUGAUGGCGACAGUGCUACUGCCAAGAGAUUGCAAACCAUGUGCGGUUAUUCUUCAGCCAGCUAUCUGUCCAAGUUUAAUAUUACAAGUAGUGGACGUGAAGUGUUCCUUACUUUCAAGUCAGAUGAAGGAGGAAACCGUGCUGGAUUUAUUGUCAAUUUUAAAGCUAUUGAGAAGCCAGCCCCGUCAGCCUGUAGUGGUGGAGUCACCCUUACCAAGCCGGGGGCCACGCUCGCCCCCCUGAUGAGCUACCGUAAGGGGAAAUUCUACGUGGGUUACAGGGAUGAUCUGGACUGCACUUGGACCAUAACUGCGCCUUCUGAUAACUACAUUAUUCUAUACUCGGAGCCCAUGAACAAGUACAGACCAGACGAGAAAUACAUCGAUAUUGAAGACAGCAGUGACUGCAGCUUGGACGCACUGAGCGUCACCGAGGACGGCGUUUCUAAGAAGUACUGCGGUAAACGGACUCUUUUCUAUGUCUCCAACGGCAACACUAUCAAGGUGCACUUUGCCUCGGAUGAAUCCACAAAUAAAAGAGGGUUUAAGUUAGGCUAUGAAUUUAAACCCAAAACAAAAGAAGAGGACCAGAUGAAAGGCUGUGUAGCCCCUAUGACCUUGACGGCGCCAGUUGUCUUAAAUCCGUUCAAAGAUAUGAAAAAUUACAGCAAUGGCCUUGACUGCACUUGGGUUCUACAAGCCCCGCAAGGAAAGCAACUCAAACUCCUCCUGUCUGAGAGCAACAUGCGACCAAAAGACUUUUUAGUCAUCGAAGAAAAGAGCCACGCCAUAUUUUUAGCAAAUGAAGCCACCGUAACCCCUCAGACGAUAUUCUCAUCCAGUUCGACCUUGACCGUCCAGUUUAAAUCCGAUGAAAAAGAGACAGGACCCGGGUUUGUUCUCAGCGUCGACCUGUUGGACAAAGCCGUUGACAAACUUCAAGCAGACGACACCCAAGAAAUGAAAGAAAAGAGCGAUACAAAUUCAGGUGCAAUAGUUUUGAUCCGAGAGCUAAUUAAUGUGUUAAAGAAAAAGGAUUUUUAAGGUUCCCGUGUAUCCUUAAAAUAAAAUUGUACACAAAAAAUGAUCCAUUGGAGGCGCAGCAACGAUAAGAAUAUAUCGAAAACACUUAAUUCCUGGCGAUGAAAUUUACUUUAAUCUUUACAAUAUGACGGCUAUUAAUUUUGUGGUAAG